UCGUGACUGAUUUGCCUGCCGUGUGGGUGGGGGAUUUGCACGGGGGAGUCCCGCGCCGAUAUAAGAGGAACAUGGGCCCAGCAUCCGCAGUCAGCCAGUCAGUCAGUCAUUCGGUUAUUCGGUGUGCCCGGUAAAAAUAGUGCCCGCUCGCCCGCCCAAUAUUCACGAUGAGUCGAAUGGUUGCGUUACUAGUGGCAGCUAUAAUUGCUGUUACAGCUACACAUGCGGAAGAGGAAUUGGUGGCAGUCGUUCGUCUAACGUCAUUUUCCUCGAGAAAUGUCACGGGUAAUUUGAAGCUCGUCCAGACCCCUUCUGAUGGACCCGUUACUAUCACCGGCAAGAUCUAUGGACUUACGGAGGGGUUACAUGGUUUCCACGUACACGAGAAGGGAGAUUUGAGCAUGGGUUGCGCGUCGGCGGGAGCGCAUUUCAAUCCUGAGAACGUCACUCACGGCGCACCGCAAGACACCGUCAGACAUGUCGGCGAUCUAGGAAACAUCGAGGCUAAUUCUGCAGGAGAAGCGGUAAUAAAUAUUACUGACAAUAUCAUCUCGUUGAAAGGAUCGAACAGCAUCCUCGGACGGGCCAUAGUCGUACACUCCGAUGAGGACGAUCUCGGCAAAGGCAAUAGCUCUCUCUCUUUGACAACCGGAAAUGCUGGCGAUCGUUGGGCCUGUGGUGUCAUUGGCAUCGAAAAACUCUGAGGUACUUCGAAGGAAAAUGUCAACGGUCGACGGAGGAGAAACAAAAAGGAUCGAUACGAGUAUCCAUAGAUUUGAUUAGAAAUUCGCCCUGAUUAGGAUUUAACCCGAUAUCGUUGAAAUCACUUUCUAUACGACUCUUCCUCUAUAAAAUGCUUCGUCGUAUAUAUUUUAUGUGAUUUGUAAAAGUAUUUUGCCGUUCGUAAUAAACUGGGAAAUAGAACGUAGAAAUAUAGAAAUAGGAACGACACGUGCACUAUAAAUGUAAACGUAAUGUAAUUUUUUUUUUCUUCGACUGUUGAUUCCGUAGUGUGUCUAUCUUUUGUAUGUAAAUUGUUGGUGAUACGUGAACAAAUGUUAUGUUCCUCUGUGUUUCCCCAAAAUAUCCCUUCUCACAUUUAUUUUAUCCAAUCGCUUUUUUUGUGUUGUACCACGUAAGAAAAAUAUAAAUAAUAUUUUAGAAAAUAUAAAUGCCAUAAGCGCAAUGUAUGGAGGA